CACUAGUCAGUUACAAAAACAACACCUUGUUAGAUAGCUAGCUUAUCUGCCAAGUUACAAUGUAAGAACAUGUUCAACUGAUGGUCACACCACAGAUAGAACAAUGAGCUAGCUAGUUAUAAAAUGGACUAGACAUGAAACAUAUUUGGUUACACAAUACAAAAACCAAAGAAGAAGAAGAAGAAGAAGAAGAAGAAGGAAGGUUUGGGUUGCUAGGCUACUGAGGACAAGCUACCUCAUCAUCAACACUUGAGACUUGUGAGUCUUGCCCGAUACAGCUAUGGUUAGCGUGUAAGAAUGAAGAGAGCAGUUCUGCCUGGUCUCCCUCUACAAUUUCCUGUACCGAGACUGGCUAUCUGACAAGUGACAGGCAGAACCACCUGCUGCACCCCAGGACAGGAGAACGGAGAGAAAUAGAAAAUCCGCCAUACCCUACUUCUGCCACCUAAUUCACAUUUGAGGAUCCCCCUCCCCAUAUAACCUACUAUGUCGCCUGUGGACAUCCUCUCUGCAGCACAAUGUCUUGUGCAGCAUACUUAGAUGGCAACGCAACGCCAAAGUCCAUGAGCAGAGCCAAACAAUGGACUGACGAGGUGGAGAACUUAUACAGAUUCCAACAGGCAGGCUACAGAGAUGAACUGGAAUACAAACAAGUAAAGCAAGUUGACUUGAUUGACAGGUGGCCUGAGACUGGGUUUGUGAAGAAGCUUCAGCGUCGAGACAACACAUUCUAUUACUACAACAGAAAAAGAGAAUGUGCAGACAGAGAAGUCCAUAAAGUGAAGGUCUAUGCAUACUAAAGUCAGAAGUGUACAGCAAUCUCUUUUCCAUUUUGAAUAACUUUUCCCAUAUUUUUGAAGAAGACGUCAGUAGGAAGGAAGGCAGCACCAUCAUCCCAUCCCUGUGGUCCUCUGUAGCUCAGCUGGUAGAGCACGGCGCUUGUAACGCCAAGGUAGUGGGUUCGAUCCCCGGGACC